AUGGAUACGUUACUAACCGCGGAUAUCGUCGCCAACUCCCCGCGAUUCCGGCGCAAGUCGUCGACUUUCGUCGAUGCAAUUCACGACCUGCCUGAAAAGGCCGAUUUGGCUCCCGCGCAGCUCUACAGCACCGAAUCCGGCCGACUCUUCCAUUCCGGCCGCAUUGUCAUCAUCACGGUAGGAUUACCGGCAAGAGGCAAGACGCAUAUGUCGGUCGCUCUGGCACGUUACCUUCGCUGGUUAGGCGUCAAGACAAGAAUAUUCCACCUCGGCGAUUAUCGACGUGCUACCAUCCCCUACGGCCAAGAUAUCCCUGAUGACUACUUCUUUGUCAACGCGUCGGCUUCGUCUGUGCUCCUAAGGCAGAAGAUUGUGAAGCGAUGUCGCGAAGAUAUAUACCACUUCUUGAAUCAUGAGAAUGGGCAGAUAGCGAUAUACGAUGCAGUCAAUCCCAUCGCUUCGGGACGACGGUCACUCGCCAAGGAAUUCUCCAAGCAUGAUAUAGAGACUCUGUUCAUUGAAUCGUGGUGUGACGAUGAACGCAUAAUCGAGGAGAAUGUCCGACGGGUCAAGAUAUCCUCACCUGACUACGUAGGGUGGUCUUCAGAAGACGCGGUCAAACAUUAUUUGACCAGGAUAGCUGCCCGUAUCCCCCAAUUCCAGACUAUGGAGGAGACGGACCUCAAUUACAUCAAGAUGAUCAACGCAGGUGAACGUUUGAUUGUAAACAACAAAAGCUUUGGCUAUCUCUCUAAUCGGAUUGUGUUCUACCUCUUGAACCUCCAUAUCAAAUCAAGACACACGUAUUUUGCCAGAGCCGGCGUUUCACUGGAAGCAGGCUCAUACAAAGCGGAUGCCUCACUAUCCGAGCAAGGAGAGGAGUACGCCAAAAAGAUGACAGAGUGCUUGCUGCAGCACAGGGAGGCUGAAAGACAAGCUAUGGCCGAUCAAGGGGAGAAAGACUACGAGCUAAAGCCGCUGACAGUUUGGACGUCUACGCGACGGAGGACAGUCGAAACCGCCAAGUAUCUCCAUGAGAAAGGUUACAAAGUACGGCAGCGAUCACAAAUGAGCCAGUUGAACCCUGGGGUAUGCGAGAUGAUGUCGGAACAGAAAAUCCGCCAGGAGUAUCCGGACGAGGUGGCGAAGCAUGAUCUUGACCCCUAUCACCAUCGUUACCCUCGAGCAGAGUCCUAUCAUGACCUUGCGGUACGGCUGGAGCCGAUUAUCCUGGAGCUUGAGCGCGAGCAGAAUGAUCUCUUGAUUAUCGCGCACGAGAGCGUAUUAAGAGUGCUUUAUGGAUACCUGAUGGCAUGCAAUGCAGCCGACAUUCCAUUCCUGGAGUUCCCACGGGACGAGAUAAUUGAAAUAAUACCCGAAAGCUAUCAGAACGAGGCGCGCCGAAUCCACAUCCCUGGUCUACCCAAAGAGAUCAUCCCUGGCUCACCCGAAGACAUCAAGAUUCCCGUCCCGCCGAGUGGGAUGAUGACCCCGCUGGCUGGGGGACUUGGCAGCCCAAAGGAAGGCCUCGCAACGCCGCAGAGCGGCCUUCGAACUCCUCGGGAGCCCGAGAGGAUCUCACAGCAGCAUGUGGAAGAUGUUGUCUAG